AUGUUGAAAAGACAGCGACUACCGUCCCCCCUUCCUCUGCAGUGGGACGCUGUUGAAGACGAGAAGAAUCUUCCUGAAGACUUGCUCGAGCCAAUGUCAAAACGACGCCGCUACUUCGCGACGGGCUCGUAUGCCGAGGAACAAAGCGAUGCAGAGUGUCAAGGAGAUACUCCCCGAACCGAAUAUGGCUCAGAGGCGAUAAGGCGCGAAGUCCACGCAGGUGCUCGCGAGUGGCGGAAGGAUGCUGGAGAAUACAAGCAUGCCAAUUCUCUCCUCCAUGAUUUGCACGCCGAACAGCGACAUCGCCUAAUUUUUUCUGCCACACCGAGCUCGCCAUCAGCCUCACCGCAUCUCUGCGAAGAGAUCAAGCCGCGAAAUGUACCGCGCUCGCCACAUCCGGCGAGUCCUCCCAUUGACUUCGGCACGGCCUACGAUCCCCCUCGUCCCUCCGAUGACCCCGUCUGUAAGCGAGAAGGGGAGGGCAUACUCGCUAAAGAGGCUGAAGUAGUCUCCCAAAGAUAUGCUGAGUCACAUAAGGCUGUUACGGUCCCUGUUCCUCAACCGCAGACCACGAGAUACCAACGAUUCGCACGGAAAUUCGUAGAUUCCAGCCUUAUCAAGUUUUGCUUUCGGACACCUGUGCCAUCCUCGGCUCGCUGA